GUAACAUUCUUUGGAUAGUGUGAACAAAGUCGAUUUGUUUUGUGUGAUAAAGAGUGUUCAUAACAAAAAAUUGACACAACUAUGGAAAUCAGUAAUAAAUUGAUAUUUUUUGUAAACGGGAAAAAGGUAAUUGAAGAAAAUGUGAAACCGGAAUGGACAUUACUAUAUUAUUUACGAAAUAAAUUAAAUCUAUGUGGAACUAAAUUAGGCUGCGGAGAAGGGGGAUGUGGAGCUUGUACGGUGAUGAUUUCAAAAUAUCACAAAAAUCGCCAUAGUGGAAACGUCAUCCACUUAGCAGUGAAUGCAUGCUUAGCACCGGUUUGUGCUAUGCAUGGUUUAGCUGUAACAACUGUAGAAGGAAUAGGAAGUACAAAAACAAAACUUCAUCCAGUACAAGAACGUAUUGCAAAAGCGCAUGGUUCUCAAUGCGGAUUUUGUACACCUGGUAUUGUAAUGUCAAUGUACUCCUUACUUCGAAAUAUGCCAAAACCAUCAAUUCACGAUUUAGAAGUAGCAUUCCAAGGAAAUUUAUGUCGUUGUACUGGAUAUCGUCCGAUAAUUGAAGCCUAUAAAACAUUUGUUGAUGGUGAUAGUUACGGUUAUCAAAAUGGAAAUGGUGUGACAUCAAAUGGUACUUGUCCAAUGGGAAAAAAUUGUUGCAAAAAUCGAGAUAUAAAGGAUGAUGAAUAUGACAAUCAUUUAUUUGAUAAAUCCGAAUUCAUACCGUACGAUCAUACCCAAGAACCAAUUUUCCCACCUGAAUUAAAAGUAAACAACGUUUACAAUGAUCAAUAUUUAAGAUUUGAAAGUGAAAAUAUUAUUUGGUAUCGACCACAAACCUUGGAACAAUUACUCGAAAUAAAAGUAAAACAUCCACAAGCAAAAUUGGUAAUUGGCAACACUGAGAUUGGUAUUGAAAUAAAAAACAAUUCGAAUUUAUAUCCAAUUAUAAUCCAUGCAACGGAAAUUCAAGAAUUAAAUACUGUGAUACAAACUAAGACAGGUAUUGAAAUUGGUGCAGCAACAUCGUUACAAGAUCUCGAAACAAUUUUACGUGAUCUAAUUAUCAAAUUACCAAAUUCACAAACUAAAUUAUACAAAACAAUUGUAAAUAUGCUGCAUUGGUUUGCAAGCAAACAGAUACGAAAUGUUGGAUCUAUAGGUGGUAAUUUGAUGAAUUCCAGUCCAAUAUCUGAUUUAAAUCCAAUAUUCGCUGCUGCAAAUAUUAUUUUACAUGUAAUAUGUUGUAAAACAAAAAGAAAACGUGAUAUUAUUGUUAAUGAACAUUUUUUUACGGGCUAUCGGAAAAAUUUAGUUGAAAACAGUGAAAUUCUAAUUGCAAUUACUUUACCAUUUUCAACAGACAAUCAAUUUUAUUAUGCUGCCAAACAAUCAAAGCGGAAAGAUGAUGAUAUAGCAAUUGUAAAUAUGGCAUUAUUUUUAGAAUUAAAAUCGAACGUAAUCAAAGAUAUUCGAUUAUUUUUUGGUGGAAUGGCACCAAUAACAGUAGCUGCAUUAACUACAAGAAAAAAUCUAAUCGGAAAAAUAUGGAAUGACGAUAUUAUUGAUGUAGCAUUUACAUCAUUAUUAAAUGAUCUACCUUUAGUGUUGAAUGCUCCAGGUGGUAUGAUUCAAUAUCGAAGGACCUUAACUCUCAGUUUAUUUUUUAAAGCAUACAUGCAAAUAAUAAACGAAUUGAAUGGUCCUUGUGAAAAUGAACAGGAUAAUGUAACUGUUUUUAAUCGUAUGAGUAGUGUGCAAUGUUUUACAAAAUCCAAAACCAAUGAUCCUGUUGGUAAACCUGUUGUGCAUAGAGCAGCAUUUAAACAAGCAACAGGUGAAGCAGUUUAUUGUGACGACAUCGAAAGGACUGAAAAUGAAUUAUAUUUGGCUCACGUAUUGAGUUCACGAUCUCAUGCUAAAAUAAUAUCAAUCGAUUAUUCCCAAAUAUUUAAAAUUGAAGGAGUAGUUGCAUUUUUUUCAGAAAAAGAUUUACCGAAUGAUCGAAAUAAAUUUGGCACAGUAUAUCAAGAUCAAGAUUUAUUUGCCAGAGAUGAAGUGUUCUGCUAUGGUCAAAUUAUUGGUGUAGUUAUUGGGAAAACGAAAGAAAUUGCCAAAAAAGCGGCUCAAUUAGUACAAAUUGAAUAUGAUGAUUUGCCAAGUGUGAUUACAAUUGAUGAAGCAAUUGUUGCUAAGUCUUAUUUUCCAGGAUAUCCAAAAUAUAUGGAACGGGGUAAUCCCGAUCAAGUUUUCCAAAAUGUUGAUCAUAUUAUUCAUAAGCAAUUUCGAUUAAGUGGUCAAGAUCAGUUUUACCUAGAAACUCAUUGUGCAUUGGCAAUGCCUGUUAAAGAAGAUGAUGAAAUGGUAAUUUAUUCUUCAACUCAAGAUCCUAUGCAAACUAGCAGGCUUGUUGCCAAAAUUUUGGAUAUACCACUCAAUCGUGUAGUUACUAAAGUGAAACGAAUGGGGGGUGCAUUUGGUGGUAAAGAAACUGCAUGCUUUUAUACAUCGUUACCAUGCGCAUUAGCUGCAUACAAACUAAACCGUCCUGUACGAUGUAUGCUGGAUCGUGAUGAAGAUAUGCUGAUCACUGGCGGAAGAAAUCCAUUUCUUUUUGAUUAUAAAGUUGGUUUUAAUUCACAUGGAAAAAUAGAGGCUGUUGAACUUUUAAUUUAUACAAAUGCUGGACAUUGUUUUGAUUUAUCUGGAGAAGUUUUAGUUCGUUCUAUGUUUCAUGUGUUCAAUGCGUAUAAAGUGCCUAAUUAUAAAAUAAAUGGUUAUCUUUGUCGUACAAACUUACCAUCGAAUACAGCAUUUCGUGGAUUUGGAGCACCACAAGCUAUUUAUGCUGCCGAAUAUAUGAUACGUUUCAUUGCAGAAUAUUUAAAAAAAGAUGUUCUUGAAAUUAUGAAUAUCAAUUUAUGUACAGAAAAUUAUAUAAUGCCAUAUGGACAAAUUUUGGAAAAUUGUACGUUACAAAAGUGUAUCGAUGAAUGUCUCGACUUUUCUAAUUUUUGUCAAAGAAAGGUUGCUGUGGAACAGUUUAAUAAAAAGAACAAAUGGAAAAAACGCGGUAUUGCUUUUAUGCCUUGUAUGUUUGGGGUUGGCUACGAUGCACCAUUUUUAAAUCAAGCUGGUGCAUUGAUACAUGUCUAUGUGGAUGGUUCUGUUUCGUUAUUUCAUGGUGGAACAGAAAUGGGUCAAGGAUUACAUACUAAAAUGAUUCAAAUUGCAAGCAAAGUUUUGGAAAUACCAAUUUCAAUGAUUCACAUUGCAGAAACCGCCACUGAUAAAGUACCCAAUACUAUUUCAACUGCUGCAAGUUCUAGUUCAGAUUUAAAUGGAAUGGCUGUUGUAAAUGCUUGUCAAGUGAUACGAAAUCGAAUAGAACCGUUUAAAGAAGCCAAUCCAAAAGGACAAUGGAGUGAUUGGGUAAAUUCAGCAUUUAUGGCUCGUGUUAGUUUAUCCGCAACGGGAUAUUAUAGAACACCUGGUUUGCAACCUUUUAAUUGGGAUAAUGAAAUAGCACGACCAUACAAUUAUAUCAGUUAUGGUGCAGGUUGUUCGGAAGUGGAAAUUGAUUGUUUAACAGGCGAUCAUAGAGUGUUACGUACGGAUAUUGUUAUGGACUUGGGAGAAAGUUUAAAUCCAGCUAUUGAUAUUGGACAAAUUGAGGGUGCCUUUCUACAAGGAUAUGGGUUGUUUACAAUGGAAGAACUGUUAUAUACACCGAUGGGUCGUAUGCUUACACGAGGACCAAGUAAUUAUAAAAUACCAUCGUUUUCUGAUAUACCCCUUCAAUUUAAUGUAACCGUUUUGAAAGGUCAAGCAAAUCCUCGAGCUGUCUAUUCGUCUAAGGCAGUGGGUGAACCACCUUUACUUACAUCACCGUCAGUAUUUUUUGCAAUUCGGGAAGCAAUUAAAGCAGCUCGUCAAGAAUUUGGAUUGGCUAAUACAAAUUUCGUAUUUAAUGCACCAGCAACCGUGGAAAGAAUUCGCAUGGCGUGUUCAGAUCAUAUAACAUCAAAGGUACCUAAUUCGAAGGAAAAGGAUACAAAACCAUGGAAUUUAAUUCAUUUGUAGUGUAGAGUUUUUU